GACGUGCUCAUAAUCGACUUUCUGCCCUUCAUCUUCGGCAAGUCGAAGAACAUCAAGACCGGCGAGCACUUUCUCAACUACGUCUUCAAGAUCAUUCGAGAUUUCUUCGACAAGGGUGGACAUACCUGCGUCAUUGCGAUCGAUACGCUCAAGUAUGUUCCGCUCGCAAAAGCACCGACGCAGAUGGAUCGCGACAAGUACAGCAAGCCGCUGUCCAAGGAAGAGCUGGGCCUCGGUGAAGGUAAGGAAGUGAUGGGUCGUGGCCUGCUCAUCCACCAGGAGUGGCACCGCGUGAUGGCCAACAGAGACCUGCGGGAAGAGAUCUUCAGGUACUUCGAGCAAGAGUUCUUGCGCAACUUCUUCAAACGGGUCAAGAAGGAGACGUGGGACAAGUGGGCGCACGCCGACAUUGCGCAGCAGAGCAAGGAAGGUGGCAAGAAGAUGCCGAGAGAAUGGCUCAAGUCUCUCGUCAUCGACGGCGGCACACGCUAUGGACCCAACCCAUAUGUCAUUUACUCAUCUGGAAAGGUGUGCGAAAAGCCAGAAUGGCGGAACUACAUCGGGGAGUCGGACCUAAAGAUCCCUUUCUACAUCAACUACGUGUUCCCCACGGAGAACUUUCUGGUCAACUCAAUCGACUCAGAUCUGAUUCGUAUUCUGCUUGGUGGGACGCCACUUCGUCUGGACCCGGCCACGGGGCUUCCCACUUCGCGUAUCUACCUCCGACUGAAUGAUGCCAAGAAGGCCGUUGAGACUGAGGAAGAGAAACCUCAGCCUGCUGUGGUGGCGGCGGCGGUGGUUGAUGGAAUGGUGAACGAAGGCGAAGAAGGCGAGCCUCCAAAGCCGCAAGUCGUGAAGAGAGGCAGAGGAAGGCCCAAAGGCUCAACUUCGAAGAAGCCCAGCGCCAAGGCGAAGGCUGCAAAGGGGAAGGAAAAAGCGACCAACGAUACUGGCGAUGAGCACCAGCAAGCGGAGCAGGAGGAGGCGAAGAGUCCUGUCGAGCCAGAGGAGCGAGAGACGGCUGACACUACGGAGACUGGCGCUGGGGGAGAGCGCGGCGAAGGGAGGACAGGAGGAGAAGGCCAAGAAGGAGGAGCCGGAGUACUUCUACGAACCGGACUACGUCGACAUCAACGCUCUCUGGGUGGCCAUACGCGAGCAC